CUUUACCUGCCAGAAAUACUGUUACGACCAUUUCUUACAGCUCCUCCCAAACAGCAGGCUAACUGUCGCGACCAAAGUACUAGCCGGUGAAUUUAAGCAGGUGGACCAGCGCGAAGCAGUAUAGGCACAUCGCGGCGGCACGGACAGGAACAACAGCCUGCCUGAUGUCUUCCUGUUUUCCCGCACAGACACCAGCCAUGGCCAGAUUCGUCUGCGUCAUCUUUCUGGCUCUCUCGGCGGCGGCGCAGGAUCUCCCCUCCAGUCCUCACGGCUGCACUGAAGGAAGCUGCUACCCUGCAACGGGAAACCUGCUGAUUGGCCGAGCCAUCAACCUGACGGCCACCUCCACCUGCGGCCUGCAAGGCCCUGAGCAGUACUGCAUAGUGAGCCACCUGCAGGAGUCGGAUAAGUGCUUCGCUUGUGACUCAAGAAGGCCCCAUGAUCCCUACUUUAGAAACAGCCACAGGGUGGAGAACGUAAUCUCCCUCCAGGACCGGAACGGGGAGUUCACAUGGUGGCAGGCUGUCAAUGGAGAGGAAAAUGUCAGCAUUAGGCUCAACCUAGAAGCUGAGUUCCACUUCACUCACCUCAUCAUGAAAUUUAAGACCUUUAGACCGGCGGCCAUGUUGAUCGAGCGCUCGGCUGACUUCGGACGCUCCUGGAGGCCCUACCGCUACUUCUCCUACAACUGCACCAGAACCUUCCCUGGAGUGCCCACGCACGCCCUGCAGCUCAUCGACGACGUCAUCUGCGAGGAGCGCUACUCGGACAUCGAGCCGUCCACUGAGGGAGAGGUUAUUUAUAAAGUGCUCGACCCUUCCAUUCACGUCAAGGACCCAUACAGUCUGGAAAUCCAAGAAAUGCUUCGCAUCACUAACCUGCGCAUCAACUUCACUAAGCUGCACACUCUGGGGGACGACAUGCUGGACCGGCGUGCGGACGUGCUGCAGAAGUACUACUACUCUCUGUACGAGCUGGUGGUGCGGGGCAGCUGCUUCUGCUACGGCCACGCGUCCGAGUGCGCCCCUGUGCCAGGAGUGGACAUCAGAGAGAGUGGCAUGAUCCAUGGGCGCUGUGUGUGCAAACACAACACAGAGGGGCUGAACUGUGAGCGCUGCAGAGACUUCCACAACGACCUACCCUGGAGACCAGCCGAGUCCGACAACCCACACACCUGCAGGGAAUGCAACUGUAAUGGGCACUCAUCGGAGUGCCACUUUGACAUGGCAGUGUAUCUGGCCACCGGGAACAUCAGCGGAGGUGUCUGUGACAACUGCCUCCACAACACCAUGGGCCGCACCUGUGAGAUGUGCAAACCCUUCUACUACAAGGACCCUUCUAGAGACAUCCGCGACCCGGUUGCCUGUGUUGCGUGUGACUGUGACCCGGUGGGCUCUGUGGAUGGUGGCGUGUGCGACAGCCACACGGAGCCUGAGCUGGGCAUGAUCGCUGGGCAGUGCCGCUGCAGGGAGAACGUCAGGGGCCCCCGCUGUGACUUCUGCAAGGAGUCCCACUACGGCCUGAGCCAGAACAACCCCAAGGGCUGCCAGCCCUGCAAUUGUGAUCCUCGUGGAACCACCAUGCUGGGAACGCCUUGUGACCAGAUCAGUGGAGACUGCUCAUGCAAGCGAUAUGUCACCGGACGCAACUGUGACCAGUGCCUGCCAGAGUUCUGGGGCCUCAGUAAUGACAUGGCUGGCUGCAGAGCCUGUGGUUGUGACUUCGGGGGAGCCUACAACAACAAGUGCAUGAUGGAUAAUGGUCAGUGCGACUGUCGCCCUCACCUGAUUGGCCGCCAGUGUGAUGACGUGCAGCAGGGCUACUUCUGUGCCGCGUUGGACUACUACAAGUACGAGGCCGAGUCUGCCGUCGGACACUCACCCGAUGACCCCGCACUGCCUGGGAGGCCCCGGCCCCAAGCUGAGACGGACUGUGUGGAGCAGCUGAAUAACCAGUUGCGGAGGAACCGGCGCCACCGGCGCAUCGCCACGGCCCAGCAGCAGAGACGGCAGCACUCCGAGGCCAGCGCCACCGCGCAGAGGAAGAUCCGCCAGAUCCGCCAGCUCCAACAGACGCCGGACGUGAAGGUUGUGCACAGGGAGAGGUUGGACCUGGGGCCUGGUUUUGCUCGGGUCAAAGAUGGCGCAGGCCUGGUCUUCACCAUUGACAACAUUCCCUAUGCCAUGGAGUACGACAUCCUGAUCCGCUACGUAGCUGAGUCUACUGAGGACUGGGAGGUCAUUGUCAGCUUGACCUCCACACACCUGGCGAUGAGCCCCCGCUGUGGCAACCUGCUGCCCACCGAGCAGAUGUACACAGUCACCCUCCCCCACAGUGGCAGGCACGUCAUGAUGCCGCGGCCCUUCUGCUUCGAGCCGGAGAACCGCUACACCAUGGCCAUCCGCUUCCAGCGCCACGGCGUCACCCACCGCUACCUCACCGCCUUCAUCCUCGUCGACUCGCUGGUGCUGAUCCCUAAGUACACGGAGCUCCCAGGGUUCAGUGGGAGCGGCGCUCUGGCGGAGCAGCGGCGCGAUGAGAUGCAGCGCUACAUCUGCCUGGACUCCUUCCUGGCGCCGCGCUCCCCGCGCCCCCCGCUGGCCGACAUGUGCACCAAGCUCAUCUGCAGCAUCUCCGCCAUCAUGCACGACGGAGCCCUGCCCUGUCACUGUGACCCUCAGGGAUCACUGAGAAGUGAGUGUGAGCGAAUCGGAGGUCAAUGCCACUGCAAGCCCAACGUGAUUGGCCGACGCUGUGACCAGUGCGCUCCAGGGACCUAUGGAUUCGGACCGCAUGGCUGCACUGCGUGUAACUGCCACUCCGAGGGCUCGCUGGAGCUGCAGUGCGACCCCCACACAGGGCAGUGCCCGUGCAGGCCGGGGGCAAUGGGGCGCCAGUGCUCCGACUGCCAGCCUGGCCAGUGGGGCUUCCCCAGCUGCAGGCCCUGCCAGUGCAACGGGCACGCGGACUCGUGCGACUCCUACACGGGCGCCUGCCACCAGUGCAGAGACUACACUGACGGCUACCAGUGUGAGAGAUGUAUGAACGGUUUCUACGGCAACCCUGUACUGGGAUCAGGAGAGCACUGUCGGCCAUGUCCGUGUCCUGGCAACCCUGGUAGUGACCACUCCAACGGUGACUCCUGCUAUGCUGACCAUUCCUCCAACCAGAUCAUCUGCAGCUGCAAGCAAGGCUUCACAGGCUCACGCUGCGACCAAUGCGCCCCCGGUUACUACGGCGACCCCGAGCGUCCGGGAGGCGAGUGCCGUCCGUGCCGGUGCAACGGCAACACCGACCCGCAGGACCCCGAGGCGUGCGACGCCCGCACCGGCCGCUGCCUCAAGUGCCUGUACAACACCGACGGCUACGCCUGCGCCGAGUGCAAGCACGGUUUCUACGGCAACGCCCUGGUGCAGGACUGCAGGCGCUGCACCUGUGUGACGGCGGGCACGCGUCCUGAGUACUGCACCGACGGCCUGUGUCACUGUGACCGGCAGACGGGGGCCUGCCCGUGCCGAAACAACAUCGAGGGGCACAACUGCGACCAGUGUGCCCCCAACCACUGGAACUUUGGCAUGGACUGGGGCUGUGAGCCCUGUGGGUGCCACCCACAACAUGCCCGGAGUACCCACUGCAACAUGUUUACUGGUCAGUGCCACUGUCAGCCCGGCUUUGGAGGGAAGCAGUGUACAGAAUGUGAGCAGCUUCACUGGGGAGAUCCACGCGUGGAGUGUAAGGAAUGUAACUGCCACCCACUGGGCUCCGAGUCGGCUCAGUGUGACCAAACGACGGGCGCGUGCGAGUGCCGAGAGGGGGCGUCCGGACGCCAGUGUGACGAGUGUGCCCGUGGGUACACUGGCGCGUUCCCCAAGUGCGUGCCCUGCCACCCCUGCUUCCAGCUUUGGGACGACAUCGUGUGCCAGCUCCGCCGCGACCUCGACUACAUCCGGGGCAAGGUCGAGAUGAUCCUGGAGACGGGCAUGGUGCCCGGGGUGAGCGACGCUCGCAUCCAGGACCUGGAGAGAAAACUGAGCCAGGUGCGCGACCUGAUCAAGGACGGAGAGCACGACCGCAUUUACCACGUCAUCGCCCAGUCCAUUGAUGAUCUGAGGGCAGAGAUCGCGUUGACAGAUGGACGUCUGAUGGCCACCACCAGGGACCUGGAUCAAGUGGAGGAGCAGGACAGGCACCUGAAACGAAAUCUGACCAGUCUGGAGGAGGAGCUGACCAACCUGAACGCCACCCUGGCCGGCCAUCGCAAGCAGCUGGAGAACUACCUCAGUGCAGGGUUUGCAGAUCAGUUUGAGAAGGUGAAGCGCUACUACCGGGAGUCCCAGGAGGCGGAGCAGCGCUGCAACGCGUCCGUGUCGGGCCCCAGGAGCCCCGUGGAGCAGUCCCGCCGCACGCGCAAGGAGACGGAGGACCUGCUGGACAAGAGCCGAGACCGCCUCCUGCGCUCGGUCGCCGCCCACAAGAAGUCCCUAUCGGAGCUGGAGACCAAAGCGCACGAGGUGGACAGAAAGGUGCACCACCUCAGCCACAAGGUGUGUGGUGGCCAUAGCAACGCCAGUGUCAACGGAAGCUGCCCAGACAGUCCGUGCGGGGGUGCCGGUUGCCGCGACGAGGAGAACCAGCGUGUGUGUGGUGGACCCGGCUGUAACGGAACCAUGAGUGCGGCCAUCGGGGCACUCACACUGGCCAAAGACGCCAGCGGCAACCUGACGGCCAUCAGUGAUGAACUACAGAGCAUUUCCAAGAAGCUUCAUGAUGUUUCACUGAUGACACAAGACGUGAAAACCCAAGCCAUGACUACGCUAGAUAAAGCCAGGGAGAAGAAGGACGCCUUUGAGAAGAACAACAAAGACCUCAAGAAUUUCAUUCAGACCAUCAGAGACUUUUUAACUGAGGAAGGAGCUGACCCAGAGAGCAUUGAGAAGGUGGCUCUCCAGGUGCUGGCCAUCUCCCUGCCGGUGAACCAGACGGUCAUGAACAACCUGGUCAACCAGAUCAAAGACAGCAUCAGUAAUCUGACAGACGUGGAUGGCGUGUUCAACCACACCUCUAAGGAGCUUGAGAAGGCAAAGGACCUGCUCGAUAGAGCACGGGAUGUCAAGGCUCGGGCUGAGGGAGUCAAAGAUGCCGUCAAUGACACCAAAAAUGCCCUGAGUGCAGCUGAGAAGGCCAUAGAAAAAGCAAAGAAUGCCACCGAGGUUGCCAUGAACAACCUGAACAGCACCAGAGAAGCUACUGCCAUGGUGGAGGAUAACCUCACUGAUCUGGAGCGCAAGCAGAUGGAUGCCAUGAUGCGGCUGGCCAGGCUGUCGGAGGAGAUCGAGGCCCUGAGGAACAAGACAGAGCUGAACAGGGAGAUGGCCAAGGAGGCCAAGGCUCAUGCAAACAACGCCACAGAGGCAACCGAUGCACUGAAGGAGGAUAUGACUAAGGCCGAGGAACUCUAUGACGAGCUGACCAAGAAGGUAGACUCCCUGGGCGGCAGUGCGACUGGCAACAUCAACCAGAGGGCCAAAGACAUGAAGAAAGAGGCUGAGGACCUGCUGAAGAAAGCCACUACCAGCCUGGAGAAGCUAAAGAAUCUCGAGAAGAAGUUCAAGAAGAACGAGCGGCGGAUGCAGGAGCAACGGGACGAUCUGUUGACGUUGGAGCAGAACGUGACCAAAGUGAGGGAGCAAAUCCGAGAACGGGCACAGGGAUACAGCACGUGCACUUAAACCCCACCCACCACUGCUGCUACGAGCCAAUCAGCACCUCAAGACACAGCGGAAGGCCACGCCUCCUCUUAACGGACUUUAAAAUGUUACCACUCAAAGCCAGUGUGUUGCCAUAUUGCUGACAUAGUCAAGGGAAUCUUUCCCUGUAUCGUUAUAUGUACUGUAAUGCCACAAUGUAAGCUGCCCAACAUGCUACUACUGACACGACACAAUACGCCAGGGGUCUCCAACAAGUAGCUCAUGAGCUACCAUUAGCUCCACACCUAGCACUCCAGAAGGUUUAAGGAAAUUUUUCAUAAAUCUGUUAAAAAAAGUCACUUGGUAAACCUUUUAGAAUUAAUUAUUCUCAAAUCAAAUGUACAGUGCAAACAGAGAAGAUAAAGGAUUUGAAAGGAGCCUUAAAAUUCAUAUAAAGCGUAUUCAGCUGUUUUGGGUGAAAACAUGCUGCUACUAUUAGCCUACAAAACAUUGGUAGUGCUCAGCCAUGUUUAUUUUGUUGAGUAGCCCUCAAAGGAGAAGAGGUUGGAGACCCUUGCAAUAAGCUGAUUCUAGAUUAUUUUUUUUCCCCUACCAAUCAAAUGCUUGAAAUGUCAAUAUAGCCAACCACACUUUAAUAAUACACUGGACCUGGGUAAAUGAAUGGGACACUGAUUUGCUGCUUAUAAGUUUAGAUGAAACCACAGAAAGGUGAGGACUUGGGAUUGCCAGGGGUGGGCAGGGACAUGUUAUGAAAUUGUUUAGGACAGGGGAGAUGAGGGUCUGUCCCUAUGCCCAUACUGAUAUGUUUUUGUUUGUCUAUUGUACACUCAACUGAAACAUUGUGUAUACCAGAAGAAGAUGAUAGUCUUUUUCUUCCUAAGGUUAUAGGAAGGUAAGAUUAUUGGCUGAGUUUGGUAAUAUUACAAUAUGUUUUGGUUUUUACCAGUGUCUCAAACGGUGAUACAUUUAGCAGUGUAACACGUCACUGUAUGCAGUAAAUGAGUUUUGCCUAAGGUGAAGGUGGGGAAUAUAUAUUUGAGGAAAAAUAUACUUAAACAAAAGGGGGGAGGGGGGUGGUUUUCAUUUAUACUGUGAUUAUAUUUGUAUCUCUUUACUUCCAAACACACUUGAAUAACUUCUAAAAUUCUAAAAACAUUGCUGAGCUGAAUAGACAUACAUGUAGAAUUAUAUAAUUCUUGUCCUACAACAAAUUACUAUUGAGAUGGGUACGUAGUCAGCAGUGUUCUGCACUGUAGACUUUCAAUUUUUAAAACCUCCAAAAAAAGAGAGCUUGAGUUUUCCCAGUAACAGACCAACACACAUUUUGGUAUGCACACUUCACCAUGAAUAACUUAAUGUUUGUACAUUUCUGCUGUUUAUUUGUGACAAAAUAAAUGAAUAUACAGUA